AACCAUCUCAGUUCUCUCUGCCUGCUUGUACUGAUAUCUAAGCAACAAUUAUGGACUACUCAACUUUGCGUCGCCAAAUUACCUUCAUGAAGAAAAGUUUCUUUGAUCAGGGUUACCUUGAUGAACAGUUUAAUCAGCUGGAAGAACUGCAGGAUGAAUCGAGCCCCAAUUUUGUUGAGGAAGUUGUGGCUUUGUUCCUGAAAGAUUCACCGAGAUUGUUGACAAACAUAGAGCAUACAAUUGGAAAGUACCCUCAGGAUUUCCACCGGUUAGAUUCUUUGGUGCACCAGCUCAAAGGUAGCGGAUCCAGCAUUGGUGCAGUCAGGAUGAAGAACGAAUGCUCGGUGUUUAAGGCACACUGCAACGAUAAGAAUCUGGAAGGAUGCCGCAGGUCAUUGCAGAGGAUGAAGAGGGAGCAUGCCACUCUGAAGCAGAAGCUGGAGUCAUAUUUUCAGUUACUGAGGCAAGUCGCCCCCCGCGAACAUGCUGUGAAUUUGAGGAAGUAAGAAGAAUAGCAUAUGGGAUGCAGUUCCAAGGGAAAUAAUGAAUCUUCUAUCUCCCCUUGGAGUAUAAAUUUUGCCGGUGUUAACCUGAGUCCUUUAGGUGUUCAUGGGUGGUGUGUUUUAGUUUUUGCCGUGUGAAGUUUGCUCAUACACUCCCUUUGCCUUGUUAUUGGGAAUGACACGAUGUAAUAUAACUCGAGUAGUUAUGCCCCAAGUAUAGUGAUACUAUUGUAAGUUUUUGCAUACUGGAGGCUCUUCUCAUUGUGUUUGUUCAUUACUACAAAUCGUUGCAGCCUGCUACUGCAAAUCUGCAGUACGACAGUAAUAUAGGGUUGUCUAAUUUGUUCUUGCAUUUGAGGAAA